AUGGUGUGGUCCGGCCAAGGGGCUCGGGGCACAGGGGAAGCGUGGCAGUCGGUGUCCCCCGGGGGCCCUUCUGGGGUUUUGCACAAGCCCAGGAAAGGGCCCGUCGGGGAAGGUGGAGAUGCUGACAGGAACUGCCGAGUCAAUGAAUGUCUGCCGAGAGAGGCGGACGGGAGCAGCGCCAGGACCUCGACCCAGCGGGGCCAUCAUGAGUGGGUGCUCUCCUUCGAAAUCUUCAUCCCGCUGGUGCUCUUCUUCAUCCUGCUGGGGCUGAGGCAGAAAAAGCCCACCAUCGCAGUGAAGGAAGCUUACUACACAGCAUCGCCCCUCACCUCGGCCGGCAUCCUGCCCGUCAUGCAGUCCCUGUGCCCCGACGGGCAGCGCGAUGGGUUCGGCUUUCUGCAGUACUCCAAUUCCAGGGUGACCCAGUUGCUGGAGCGGCUGAAUGAGGUGGUGGAGAAGAGCAACUUGUUCGACCCGGAUCAUGCCGGCCCAGAGGAGGAGUUGGAGUCUCUCCGGCGCCACCUGGAGUCUCUCGGCAGCAGCAGCAGCAGCAGCGGGCCCAGCGCGGUGGAGACCCAGUUUGCCAGCCACACAGCCCCCGGCUUCUCCCUGGACGCCAUCGCCAAGGACAAGACGGAGCUUCACCGCUUCCUCAUGCAGAACCUCUCCUUGUCCAACGAGACGGUGGGGCUGCUCACGGGCUCCAGCAUCAACCUGAGAGAGGUCUACCGGCUCGUCUUUGGCAUGUCUCCCGGCUCUGCCGAUGGCUUUGGCCCAGUGGACAAGCGGCAUCGCCCGGAGAAAAACUUCCUGGGCAGCCUGAAGAUGAUGGAAGAUGGGCUGGUCCGGCAAGCGCUGCGACACCCCCUAAAAGGCGCCCAGCGGAAGGCCAUCCUCCGGCUCUUCUCCCACGCCAUGGGCCUGGCCAGCCCCAUGGCAGAGACCCCCAGCUCCGACAGCCCACAGUCCUUUGUGAGAGACGUGGAGAACAUCCUCUUCACCCCCCCUGUGCUGGAGAACCUGACGUGUGGCCAGAGCCAGGACGAGCUGAGACGCAUCCUGGUCAUCCCGGAGAGCCAGCAGCCUCUCCUGCGGGCCUAUCGCACUGCUGUCUGCAACCGGAGCUCCAACCUCCGGGCCGACUACUUCAGGCAGCUGGCCGUGGAGAUGAAGGACCAGCUGGAAGCCGGCAAGGUGGUUGAACAGCUGAAGCUGGACGAGGUGAACCACACCCUGACCCAGAGCCGCCUCCAUGCCCUGCUGGAGGACCUGAUGGAAAUGGAGAAGGUGCUGAAGGACCUGGACAUCCUCUCUGCUCUGGCUAAGCUCCUCCCCAAGGGGGCCUGUGUCGCAAAAGCGCCCCCCAUCGCCCCCAACAGCACCGGCUCCGCUGCAAAUUUUACCUCUGGCACCAAUUCCAGCUCCGAGGAGGGCAGGGCCGAGAGCGAGUCUCCGGCCGAGGAUCCCCAGGGGCAGUGCUCGGCGUUCGUGCAGCUCUGGGCCGGCCUGCAGCCCAUCCUCUGUGGGAACAACCGGACGAUUGAGCCUGAGGCGCUCCGGCAGGGGAACAUGAGCUCUUUGGGCUUCACCAGCAAGGAGCAGCGCAACCUGGGCCUCCUGGUGCACCUCAUGACCAGCAACCCCAAGAUCCUGUAUUCGCCCGUUGGCACCGAGGUGGACAGGGUCAUCCUGAAGGCCAACGAGACCUUCGCCUUUGUCGGGAACGUGACGCGCUACGCCCAGGUCUGGCUGAACAUCUCCGCUGAGAUCCGCGGCUUCUUGGAGGAGGGCAAGUUGCAGCAGCGGAUCGUCUGGCUGCAGCAGAUGGCGGAAGAUCUUCACAGGCACCCCGAGAUCCUGAACGUCUCUGACAGCUCCCUCCUCCAAGCCUUCAUGGAGAGCAACCUGUCCCUCUCCAACACCAGCACUCUUCUGCAGCAGCUGGACACAAUCGACAACGCUGCCUGCGGCUGGAUCCAGUUCAUGUCCAAGGUCAGCGUGGACAUCUUCAAGGGCUUUCCGGAUGAGGAGAGCAUCGUGAACUACACUCUGAACCAAGCCUACCAAGACAACGUCACCGUCUUUGCCAGUGUGAUCUUCCAAACCAACAAGGAUGGCAGCCUCCCUCCUCACGUCAUGUACAAGAUCCGCCAAAAUUCCAGCUUCACGGAGAAGACCAACGAGAUCCGGCGGGCGUAUUGGAGACCCGGGCCGAACAACGGGGGCCAUUUCUACUUCCUGUAUGGCUUUGUCUGGAUCCAAGACAUGAUGGAGCGCGCCAUUGUCAACACCUUUGUCGGCCGUGAUGUGGUGGAGCCUGGCAAUUACGUGCAGAUGUUUCCCUACCCCUGUUACACCCGUGAUGACUUCCUGUUUGUGAUCGAGCACAUGAUGCCCCUCUGCAUGGUCAUCUCCUGGGUGUACUCGGUCGCCAUGAUGAUCCAGCACAUCGUGGCGGAGAAGGAGCAUCACCUGAAAGAGGUGAUGAAGAUGAUGGGGCUGAACAAUGCCGUCCACUGGGUGGCGUGGUUCAUCACAGGCUUUGUCCAGCUGUCCAUCUCGGUCACUGCUCUGACCGCCAUUCUCAAAUACGGGAAGGUCCUCAUGCACAGCGACGUGCUCAUCAUCUGGCUCUUCCUGGCUGUCUAUGCCGUGGCCACCAUCAUGUUCUGCUUCCUGGUGUCCGUGCUGUAUUCCAGGGCCAAGCUGGCCUCGGCCUGCGGGGGGAUCAUCUACUUCCUCAGCUACGUCCCCUACAUGUAUGUGGCCAUCCGGGAGGAGGUGGCCCACGACAAGAUCACCGCCUUUGAGAAGUGCAUUGCUUCCCUGAUGUCCACCACGGCCUUUGGGCUGGGCUCCAAGUACUUUGCCCUCUACGAAAUGUCGGGCGUGGGCAUCCAGUGGCACACCUUCAGCCAGUCCCCCGUAGAAGGGGAUGACUUCAACCUCCUCCUUUCCAUGAUGAUGCUGAUUGUGGAUGCCGUGGUCUACGGGGUGCUGACGUGGUAUAUCGAAGCCGUGCACCCAGGAAUGUACGGGCUCCCUCGGCCGUGGUACUUUCCGCUGCAGAAAUCCUACUGGCUGGGAAACGGGCGCACCGAGACGUGGGACUGGUCGUGGCCCUGGUCAAAGAGGACCCCCCUGAGCAUCACGGAGGAGGACCAGGCGUGUGCCAUGGAGAACAGAAGGAUGGAGGAGAGCCGGGGCAUCGAGGAGGAGCCCACCCACCUGCCCCUGGUGGUCUGUGUGGACAAACUAACCAAGAUCUACAAGACCGACCAAAAGCUGGCGCUGAACAAGCUGAGCCUCAACCUCUACGAGAACCAGGUGGUCUCCUUUCUGGGCCACAACGGUGCCGGCAAGACAACCACCAUGUCCAUCCUGACGGGCCUCUUCCCCCCGACCUCCGGCUCCGCCACCAUUUACGGCCACGACAUCCGGACAGAGAUGGACCAGAUCCGGAAGAACCUGGGCAUGUGCCCGCAGCACAACGUCCUCUUCGACAAGCUGACGGUGGAGGAGCACCUGUGGUUCUACUCGCAGCUGAAGGGCAUGGCCAGGGAGGAGAUCUGCAGGGAGAUGGCCAAGAUGGUCGAGGACCUGGAGCUGACCCACAAGUGCCACUUCCUGGUGCAGAUGCUGUCCGGAGGGAUGAAGAGGAAACUCUCGGUCGCCAUCGCCUUCGUGGGGGGCUCACGGGCCGUCAUCCUGGACGAGCCCACAGCCGGCGUCGACCCCUAUGCGCGCCGGGCCAUCUGGGACCUCAUCCUCAAGUACAAGCAAGGAAGGACCAUCCUCCUCUCCACGCACCACAUGGACGAAGCUGACCUGCUGGGCGACCGCAUCGCCAUCAUCUCCCACGGGAAGCUGAAGUGCUGUGGGUCGCCCCUCUUCCUGAAAAGCACCUACGGGGACGGGUACAAGCUGACGGUGGUCAAGAAACAGUCGGACACCCGGACCAACACCGAGACGGGGCUCCCGCGCAGCCCCCCCUGCCCCUCGGCCACCAGCCCCUGCUCCGAGGAGAGAGUCACCCAGUUCAUCAAGAAGCACGUGGCCUCCUGCCUCCUCAUCUCCAACACCAACACGGAGCUCUCCUACAUCCUGCCCAGCGAGGCCGUCAAGAAAGGCGGCUUCGAGCGGCUCUUCCAGCACCUGGAGCACAACCUGCAGGAGCUGGACCUCACCAGCUUCGGCCUGAUGGACACCACCCUGGAGGAGGUCUUCCUAAAGGUCUCGGAAGAAGACCCCUCUCUCGAGAACAGCGAGGCGGAUAUCAAGGAGUCCGAGAAAGAUGCCUUCCCACUGCCAGCAAGGCCGACGAAGCCCGAGGUGGACCUGGGGAACCUCCUGACCUGCUCGGGCUUGGCUGAGUCCCAGGCGUCCUUGCAUUCCUCCUCCUCCUCCUCCUCUUCCUCCUCCUCCUCCUCGGCCGGCUCCGUACGUGGCGAGGACAGCGGGGCUUAUUCGGACUUCUACGGGGAUUACUCCCUCUUGAUUGGCAACCCACAAGACCCCGAUAAUGGCAGCCUGCAAGAGGCUGACCUGGAAGAGGCUGACCUGGCCGGACAAGGCAGCAUCAAGCUGCAGGGCUCCUGGCUGAAGCUGCGCCAGUUUCACGGGCUGCUGGUCAAGCGCUUCCAUUGUGCCAAACGCAACAGCAAGGCCAUCUUCUCCCAGAUCCUGCUGCCCGCCUUCUUCGUCUGCGUGGCCAUGACGGUGGCCCUCUCUGUCCCGGAAAUAGGUGACCUGCCUCCCCUCAUCCUUUCGCCUUCCCAGUACCACAAUUACACUCAGCCCAGAGGCAACUUCAUCCCCUUCGCCAACGAGGAACGGCGUUCCUGGGACUGGAGGCCAGCGCCAGACGCCAGCGCCCAGCAGCUGGUGAGCACCUUCUACCUGCCCUCCGGCAUCGGGGCCACCUGCGUGCUCAAGUCGGCCUUCAACAGCACGUUGGACCAGCAGGUCCAGUCGCUUAACCUCAACAGCAACGAGUCCAAGAUGCUGGCGGCCAAGUACUUCGACGCCAUGUGCCUGGACUCCUUCACCCAGGGCCUGCCCCUCUCCAACUUCGUGCCUCCCCCUCCGUCCCCGGCCCCCUCCAACUACCCCUUCUCUCUGGACGAGGACCUGCUGCGGGCCUGGAAUUCCACCACCUCCCCGCCCACCGUCAAAGGUGAGGGCGGCCCCGAGACAGUCACCUCCACCCCGGCCCAGCCCAGCAUCGUCCACGAGCCCAUCAGGUGUACCUGCUCCAUGCAGGGCACCGGCUUCUCCUGCCCCAGCGGGGUGGGGGGGCACCCUCCCCAGACAAAGGUGGUGACGGGGGACAUACUGGUGGACAUCACAGGGCGCAACGUCUCCGAGUAUAUGCUCUACACAUCGGACCGCUUUCGGCUGCACAGGUAUGGAGCGGUGACCUUCGGCAACAUCCAGAAAUCCAUCCCAGCCUCUUUUGGGGCCAGUGCGCCCCCCAUGCUCCGGAAAAUUGCUGUCCGCAGCACUGCCCAGGUGUACUACAACAACAAAGGAUACCACAGCAUGCCCACCUACCUCAACGCCCUCAACAAUGCCAUCCUCCGUGCCAACCUGCCCAGCAGCAGCGGCAACCGUGCAGCCUAUGGCAUCACCCUGACCAACCAUCCCAUGAACAAGACCAGCGCCAGCCUUUCUCUGGAUUACCUCCUGCAAGGCACCGACGUGGUCAUUGCCAUCUUCAUUAUCGUGGCCAUGUCCUUCGUGCCGGCCAGCUUCGUCGUCUUCCUGGUGUCCGAGAAGUCCACGAAAGCCAAGCACCUCCAGUUCGUCAGCGGUUGUGACCCUGUCAUCUACUGGCUGGCCAACUACGUCUGGGACAUGCUCAACUACCUGGUGCCAGCCACUUGCUGCAUCAUUAUUCUCGUCGUCUUUGACCUGCCGGCUUAUACCUCCCCCACCAACUUCCCGGCGGUGCUGGCCCUCUUCCUGCUCUACGGGUGGUCCAUGACGCCCAUCAUGUACCCAGCCUCCUUCUGGUUCGACGUGCCCAGCUCGGCCUACGUCUUCCUCAUCGUCAUCAACCUCUUCAUCGGCAUCACGGCCACCGUGGCCACUUUCCUCCUCCAGCUCUUUGAGCACGACAAGGACCUGAAAAUGGUAAACAGCUACUUAAAAAGCUGCUUCUUGAUUUUCCCCAAUUACAACCUGGGCCACGGACUCAUGGAGAUGGCUUACAACGAGUACAUCAACGAAUACUAUGCAAAGAUCGGGCAAUUUGACAAGAUUAAGUCUCCCUUUGAGUGGGACAUCGUGACCAGGGCUUUAGUCGCCAUGACGGUGGAAGGCUUUGUCGGCUUUUUCAUCACCAUUAUGUGCCAGUACAACUUUCUCCGAAAACCACAGCGUUUUCCCGUCUCCACCAAACCCAUUGAAGACGACGUGGACGUGGCCACCGAGCGGCAGCGAGUUCUGCGUGGGGAUGCCGACAACGACAUGCUCAAGAUUGAGAACCUCACCAAGGUGUACAAGUCCCGCAAGAUUGGGCGCAUCCUGGCUGUGGACCGGCUGUGCGUGGGCGUCCGGCCGGGGGAGUGCUUCGGCUUGUUGGGCGUCAACGGGGCAGGGAAGACCACCACCUUCAAGAUGCUGACGGGGGACGAGACCACCACCAACGGCGAGGCCUUCAUCAACGGGCACAGCAUCCUGAAGGAGCUUCUGCAGGUCCAGCAGAGCCUGGGCUACUGUCCACAGUUCGACGCCCUCUUUGACGAGCUGACAGCCCAGGAGCAUCUGGAGCUCUACACGCGGCUGCGCGGCAUCCCGUGGAAGGAUGAGGAGCGGGUGGUCAAGUGGGCGAUGAAGAAACUGGAACUGGCUAAAUGUGCCAACAAGCCCGCCAGCACCUUCAGCGGUGGCAACAAGAGGAAGCUGUCCACCGCCAUCGCGCUGAUCGGCUACCCUGCCUUCAUUUUCCUGGACGAGCCCACCACCGGCAUGGACCCGAAGGCUCGGCGCUUCCUCUGGAACCUCAUCCUGGACAUCAUCAAGACGGGCCGCUCCGUGGUUCUGACCUCGCACAGCAUGGAGGAGUGCGAGGCGCUCUGCACGCGGCUGGCCAUCAUGGUGAACGGGCGCCUCAAGUGUCUGGGCAGCAUCCAGCAUCUCAAGAACCGAUUUGGGGACGGCUACAUGAUCACCGUCAGGACCAAGUCCAGCCUGAACGUGAAGGAGGUGGCUCACUUCUUCAGCCGGAACUUCCCGGAGGCCGUCCUCAAGGAGAGGCACCACACCAAGGUCCAGUACCAGCUGAAGUCGGAGCACAUCUCACUGGCCCAGGUCUUCAGCAAGAUGGAGCAGGUGGUGGACGUCCUGGGCAUUGAGGACUACUCUGUCAGCCAGACCACGCUGGACAAUGUGUUUGUGAAUUUUGCCAAGAAGCAGAGCGACAACCUGGAGCAGCAGGAGAGCCUCCCGCCCUGCUCGAUGGAGUCCCCCCUGCAGCGCCUGCUGAACCUCCUGCGGCCCCGCGGGGCCCCGACCGAGCUGCGCACCAUGGUGGUGGAGGAGCCCGAGGACCUGGAAACGGAUGACGAGGGGCUGAUCAGCUUCGAGGAGGAGAGGGCUCAGCUCUCCUUCAACACGGACACCCUCUGCUGA